AUGACUACGCUGGCGUUCCCGUUUCAGCCGCAGUACAAUCCUCCCACCACGGAGGGCGCUGUCUGCCACAUUACCACCAGGUCCUAUCCGCUUCCGCUGCUGUGCAACCUCUUCUCUCCCAGUCGCUCUUUAAUGCUGGCACACUGCUCCCAGUUGCACCCCCAGCAGGAGCCACCCGAUGGCAUCAUCAUUUCACUGCAGCCCCUUGCAGCAGACUCUGAGGACACAUUAGCAGAGAUCCCAGUGAAGCGAAGACGAGGGCGACCAAAAGGCUCUACAAAGAAGUUGCGCGUAAAUUUGCCAGAGGGCAAGGCUGACUCCACCCAUUCUCCAGAGGAUAAUAUUCAAAGAGGAGAUGAGAGGAUUAAGGUGGAGGCAAAUUUACAAGCUGGAAACAAUGAUGGGACAUUGGUGUUGGAAUGUAAAAACUGUCACUGGACCUUCAGCAACACUCGGCAGAUCCUCAAACACAUCUGCCUAAAAGAAGAAGAGGACGAAGAGGAGAAUGCAUCUGUGGAGGAGCAGGAGUUGAGGAUUCUAGGAAUUUGGACCAUGAGGGAGCAGAUCCAGACCAGCACCAAGGAGUCCGGGGUUUGCCCUCAGAGUGCAUUCCAGCAGGUGUUUUCAUUUCUUCAGAAGACUCGGCUUAACAUGGAGACUUUGCAACGCCUCAGGAAAAUUCAUGGGGACCUGGAAUGUCAGUACUGUGGUAAAUUGUUCUGGUACAAAGUCCACUAUAACAUCCACGUACGCAGACACACCAAGGAGCACUCGUAUUACUGUUCAAAGUGCAGCUACUCGUCCAUCACCAAAACCUCUUUAAUGCGGCACCAGAUCCAGAAGCACAGUGGCUUGCUGCUGCCUUGUUCCAGUCCUGGCUGUAAAUACACCACACCUGACAAAUACAAACUUCAGGCCCAUUUGAGGACGCAUCAGGGACAGGAGAAUAGUUUGGCCUGUCCUGUCUGCCAGCACAGCUAUCCAGAGCACAGACUGAAACACCACAUCAAAACAUCCCACCCUGACACACUACCUGUGCAGGGUAAAGGACUGAUGUUGCAGCGCGCAGAGAAGUGCCCUUAUUGUGACUCCUACUUUCUAAAGAACAGUGAAUUUCAGCAGCACAUCUGGGCCCACCAAGGUUUGAAGCCAUAUGUCUGCAGUGUGUGUGACUAUGCAGGACGCACUAGGAGUAACCUGAAGACUCAUAUGAACCGACACAACACAGAGAGACAUUAUCUCUGUGAUCUGUGCGGUAAAAAGUUCAAAUCUAAAGUAACGCUGAAAAGCCACAGGCUUAGCCACACCAGUGAAGGUAAGCGGUUUCACUGUUCAGAGUGUGACUUCACCUCAGUCUCCAAGCCGUCCUUGCUCAGACACAUGGAGCAACACGCAGAAUAUAAGCCAUUUCAUUGUGCCCACUGCCACUACUCCUGUAACACUUCUGGUCCUCUGAAGCGUCACUACAACUUGAAACACCCAAAUGAGAAAUAUGAGAAUGCUGGACCUGGACUGUCUGGUGCUCUGAAACAGCAAGGUCUGAUCUCUGCUCUGCCACCGUCAUGGGAGGUGGGGCAGGCGGGAACAACCCAGUAUGUGUCUGUGGAGGAUGAAGAGCAGCUGACAGAAGCACCUGUAACAGCCCUGCAUGACAAUGUUAAUAUCCAGCAGAUUGCUGAACUUGGUUCAGAGACUCAUGACGCUGUCACCUCUGUGGUCACCAUGGCUCCAGGCGCUGUUACUGUCGUACAGCAGGUGUCUGAUGAGCAGGAAGUCAGUGACUGCAGCAACCAGCUGAUGGUGGUGAACACAGAUGGGGAUCUAACUGGUGACCAGGUGGUGGUGGUGGAGGACGCACAGGGCCUGGAAGCUCUGACGGUUCUUACUCAGGGCGAAAACGCUCAGCACUAUAUUGUCUAUGUCCAGGAACAUACUAUAGAAAUCAACUAGUAAUGAUAGCAUUUGUUAGCCUGUUGCUUCAUCAGUGCUGAGGGGAUGGCCUGGGCUGACACUUUUUUAAUGUAAAAAAUUAAAUGCUAUAAUUGUUUGUAAAUUUCUGCACUACUUAAUAAAGGUUUUGACAUUGUAUAUAGUUGUUCAGUUUCAAUUGGUUUUGUGACAUUAUUAAGUUCUAUUUACUGGAAAUUAUAAAACAGAAAACCACAAACAUGCUGCAUACUACAAGCAAAACCAAGGAAUUGCUUGACCGCAGUGAGAGUGGAUGGGCCUUGGCAUGCAAUUACCACCCUAAUAUGACUACAUGAAGCACAUAAUUUUAGCAUCAAA